AAAGGGAGAACGCGAUUUUAUUUGCCUUACUAUAAGAAAUUUUGAGUCCGCCAUAACUGAUUUAAGUUUUGUACAAAAUAGUUGCAAACUGUUAAAAUAAAGGCCAUCUUAUAAUUUAAAUAAAAUAUUCAGUCAGACAGAGAAUAAAGUUAAUUAACUAAUAAAUCUACAAAACAAAAAAGAACAAUCAGAAAAGUGUAUAAAGAAAUAAAUCUAACAUAAUAAGUGUGUGUAUAAAGAAAAAAACGAGGAAGAAAAAUACAAUCGAACAAUGAGUUACUCUGCCGAUGUAUUGAAUUCUGCUCAUCUUGAACUUCAAGGUGGCAAUGGUGCUGAAUUACGUCGUCCCUUUGACCCCACGGCUCACGAUUUGGAGUCUACAUUCCGCUUGACAAGGUUUGCCGAUCUCAAGGGCCGCGGCUGCAAAGUACCCCAAGAGGUAUUAGGUAAAUUGGUGUCUGCCUUGCAGCAAGAUUAUUCAUUGCAAGACCAAGAUGCUCAGUUUAUGAAUAUGGCUAUACCACGCAUUGGUAUUGGUCUAGAUUGUUCUGUGAUACCUUUGCGCCAUGGUGGCCUGUGUUUAGUACAAACCACUGAUUUUUUCUAUCCCAUCGUUGAUGAUCCCUACAUGAUGGGCAAGAUUGCGUGUGCUAAUGUUCUGAGUGAUUUAUAUGCCAUGGGUGUUACAGAUUGUGAUAAUAUGUUGAUGUUGUUGGCGGUCAGCACCAAAAUGACCGAAAAGGAACGUGAUGUUGUUAUACCUCUUAUAAUGCGGGGUUUUAAGGACUCUGCCCUCGAAGCUGGCACUACUGUGACCGGAGGUCAAAGUGUGGUCAACCCCUGGUGUACCAUUGGUGGUGUGGCAUCCACCAUUUGCCAGCCCAAUGAAUACAUUGUACCCGAUAAUGCUGUGGUAGGCGAUGUGUUGGUCUUGACCAAACCUUUAGGUACUCAGGUGGCCGUCAACGCCCAUCAAUGGUUGGAUCAGCCAGAACGCUGGAAUCGCAUCAAGUUGGUUGUUUCCGAGGAAGAUGUCCGCAAGGCCUAUCAUCGUGCCAUGAACUCCAUGGCUCGCCUUAAUCGUAUUGCUGCUCGUCUUAUGCACAAGUACAAUGCUCAUGGUGCUACUGAUAUCACUGGCUUUGGCCUGUUGGGUCAUGCUCAAACGUUGGCCUCGCAUCAGAAGAAAGAUGUUUCGUUUGUCAUUCACAAUCUUCCAGUUAUUUCAAAAAUGGCUGCCGUGGCCAAAGCCUGUGGUAACAUGUUCCAACUUUUGCAGGGUCAUUCAGCCGAAACCUCUGGAGGUCUUCUUAUCUGCUUACCCCGUGAACAGGCCGCUGCCUACUGUAAAGAUAUUGAGAAGCAGGAGGGCUACCAAGCCUGGAUUAUUGGUAUUGUUGAGAAGGGCAACAAGACAGCCCGUAUUAUUGACAAACCCCGCGUCAUUGAAGUGCCCGCCAAGGAUUAAGUCAUUCUGGGACUUCCGGAGUGCGGCUUAUUUUAUGUAAAUCUUCAAUAUCUCUAUUUCGGCUUUUCUUUUCCUACAAUGAGGACUUGAUUUUUUGUUUCUUAAAAUGUAACUGAAAUUUUGACAAAAAUUACGAAAUUUUAUUAUUAAACAACGACUUUUGUUGCAUUGGCAUGAACAAAAGUUCGAGAGCCUUCAUCCUAUCCUACACAUAAAUGUAUAAUUUAUAACGUUUUGGUUUUAUAAGUUCUCUAUAUUAUUAUUUUAUUUCUUUUUAAUUAGAUUGCAUUCUUUUUAUAAAAAUCAAUGUAAAUUCGUAAAUUUAACUUUAUGAAGCUGUUAAUUAAUAAGAUUUGAUUAGAUUUUACUUAUAAUUUUCGUAAAAUUAUCAUUUUUUUCUUCUCUGUUUGAUGUAACAUAGUAUCUCUAACUAUAACUAACUGUAGUAUUUUAAUUGGCCAAAUUGUUUACUUUUUUUUUUAACAAAUUUUACUCUUCCUUUUUUUUGUUUUUUUUUUUUUGUCUUAACAAUAUUUUACAAAAGACGCACAACAAGAAUCAGAAAUUAAUUGCACUAUUUACAUUAAAAUUUAAUAAUUUCUCCUUUUUUUAUUAGAAUUUAACUUGUAUUCUUAAUCGUACGUAUCGUAUGCAUUUUAUUCAAUUAAUAAAUAAAGAUAUUUUAUAAAUAAAUAAAAAUUUGAUGCAACACAACACAGGUUGCUGUGUGGUGUCAGUAAAAACAAAA